UUGGCACCGUUGUCGCACAACUGACGCUUAGUAUUAUGGUUACAGCGCGUGCCGCCUUGUUGGGACUCGCGCUGUUGUCCGCCCGCACCAAUGCUGACGAAUGCACCAACCUGAUCGAUCACGUCGACUACAAAGGUCAUGACGUAGGCUCCACAGCCCAACCCGAUGCUGCCGACUGCUGUGGCGAUUGCUCUGACCACGACAGCUGCAAGGUGUGGGUGUGGACCAACUACCACGGCGGGACGUGCUGGUUCAAGAGCCAAGGAACGGAGGUCACCGCGUACUACGGAGCCAAGUCGGGUGCGUUGCCGACCCCGACUUUGUCUCCUCGCUACUCGGAAUUGGCCGACAACGUGGAUUACUAUGGCAACGACAUCUCAACCACAAAACAAAAGUUCGCCGAGUCUUGUGGUGAAGACUGCGACAUCACCGACGGGUGCCAAUUGUUUGUGUGGACCAGCCACGAAGGCGGAACGUGCUGGUUAAAACAUUCGCAUAGCGGGCCGACGGACGUGUAUGGCGUCAAAUCGGCUUAUCGAGUCCCCACGACCACGGUCACCCCUGCACCUACCACCAUGGUCAACCCUGCACCUACCACCAGAGCGGGCAGGUUGAAACAUUCGCAUAGCAAGCGCGCCAAACCGACUUGUCGACCUACCACCACUGAGACCCCUGCAUAUUCCACACGCACUCCUGCAUCGGCUAGUCGACCUACCACCACUGAGACCCCUGCAUAUUCCACACGCACUCCUGCAUCGGCUAGUCGACCUACCACCACUGAGACCCCUGCAUAUUCCACGCGCAUCCCUGCAUCGGCUUGUCGAUCUACCACCACUGCGACCCCUGCAUAUUCCACGCGCACCCCUGCAUCGGCUUGUCAACCUACCACCACUGCGACCCCUGCGCCCACCACCACCGUGACGACCCCUGCACCUACCACCACGGUCACUCCUACACCUCCCACCACCGUGACCCCGGCACCUAUUACAACAGUGACCCCUGCACCCAAAACCACGGUCACCCCUGCACCUGCCACAAUAAUGACUCCUGCUCCUAACUGCGACAUCACCGACGGGUGCCAAUUGUUUGUGUGGACCAGCCACGAAGGCGGAACGUGCUGGUUAAAACAUUCGCAUAGCGGGCCGACGGACGUGUAUGGCGUCAAAUCGGCUUAUCGAGUCCCCACGACCACGGUCACCCCUGCACCUACCACCAUGGUCAACCCUGCACCUCCCACCAGAGCGGGCAGGUUGAAACAUUCGCAUAGCAAGCGCGCCAAACCGACUUGUCGACCUACCACCACUGAGACCCCUGCAUAUUCCACACGCACUCCUGCAUCGGCUAGUCGACCUACCACCACUGAGACCCCUGCAUAUUCCACACGCACUCCUGCAUCGGCUAGUCGACCUACCACCACUGAGACCCCUGCAUAUUCCACGCGCAUCCCUGCAUCGGCUUGUCGAUCUACCACCACUGCGACCCCUGCAUAUUCCACGCGCACCCCUGCAUCGGCUUGUCAACCUACCACCACUGCGACCCCUGCGCCCACCACCACCGUGACGACCCCUGCACCUACCACCACGGUCACUCCUACACCUCCCACCACCGUGACCCCGGCACCUAUUACAACAGUGACCCCUGCACCCAAAACCACGCCAGCCCCUGUCGCGUGCCCCCCCCGCGUGCGCAAGCCAUGGAACGUUCUGGACAGCGGGGCCAAGCGUUUGUUUCUGUCUGCUUUGGAGGUGUCCAUGGACCGGGGGCUGUUUCAGCGGUUCCUGGCCAUCCACAACGAUAUGGUGUCCAACAAGGAAGCGCACAACUCGUGUGUGUUUUGGUUUUGGCACCGCAAGUACAUGCUCGCGUUCGAAGACAUGCUGCGGGACCUCGGGCCAUCGUUUGCGUGUGUGACCCUGACGUACUUUGACUGGGUCGAGGAUUAUGCCAACUUUAAGGCAAAAAAGUGCUCCAACUUUGGCACGUGUAGCCCCAUUCUAAAGGACUUUGGGGGCGCCGUGCACACCAACAGCUCGACGCCCGCGUCGUCUGACCUACUCAUAUUUGACCACUCGUACCCCGACUUGGUCUGCGCGGACGCUAGCCCCAACAACCACUUUUGCCCCGUGGUCGAGCCCGGCGCCCGGUGCGACCACUGCCUCCCCCGCAAUGCCACAUCUUGGACCGAGGGAUUGCUAUCGGAAGAGUGGGAUGUGGAUAUCCUCAAGGGGUACCUCCAGCUAGCGGAACCCACGCCCAGCAUCAAGCAAGUGUCGGCGGAUAUUGAGCUUGGGGCCCACGGUAUGCUGCACGCGCUCUUAGGGGGGGUCAUGGGUAACCCGUACUCGUCGCCGGCCGACUCGAUCUUUUACGCGCACCACACCGCCGUGGACAUGCUCCACGCGAUCUACCAUCAUUGCAAAGUUGAGCCGCUGGGAUUGGCCGAAGACGGCAAGAAGUCUUUCAUCCAGUCGUUUGAAGGAUGUACCACUGGCAACGACGAAACCAUCACGGCCACGUCCCGCGUCCAGUCUAAGGUCACGGUCCAUGGCGUGCAAAUCGACGCUGAAGACGACAAACUUGUCGGCAAGUACUUUAAGGACCUGCCAUCGCAGUACUGGGAGCUCACGGAUACCCGCGACUUUGGCGCGCGCGCGUACUCGUACCAGUUUAACGGACUCCUCGCUCGAUUGUACACCAACUGCGGGGCGGCUGAGCCCGUGCCUGGCGCCAGGUCGGCCCAUGAAAUCGAGCACGUUCUGAGGUCGAUUGAUUCGCCGGCGGACCAGAACCAAGUAGACUUUAACAAGGAGGCGCUGGCCCAAGGCGCGAGCCAAGGCCUGACGCCGACGCAAGUGGAAACUGAACUGAAAAAGAUGGCGCUGCUGGUCAAAGCGUUCUGCUUGCCAGGGUCGGUCGUGCCCUACUCGGACGAGUUCAAGGCUGUGUGGAAGAUUCGCGAUCGCCGCCCGUCGGUCGUGCUGCUCGAAGACUUGAAGGCGGGUCGUGUGACCAUGCAACUCGCCAACUGGCGCGCCUUCCUCGCCACGUACUUUGAAUGCACCAAAGUGCCCGCGACCAUUGUAUAA